AUGAAAUAUAAAGAAAUGAUGACACAUGUUCUUUUUGAUACAGUACCCAGUUGGAUGAAAUAUCAUAAAGAAAAAGAUAUUCGAAUUGUUCGAAAGGUAUAUAGUAUCGGUGAUUUAUGUUCCAACAACGACUACGAUCGACAUUCAUCAGAUAUGUCUAAGCCUCCAUUUGAAAAACUAAAACGUCAUUUGCCGUCAUCAUCUAAUUUAACUUUAAAUAAUAGUACAAUAUUGUCAAGUACCUUGGGCAAGUUAUUAGUUCGAAAAUUAUCACAUCGUUCAACAACAGAUGUGACAAAAAGUGCAAGUCAUUUGUAUAAUAAUAAUAAUAAUUAUGAACAACACGAUCCAUCAAAUUUGAAUAAAGCUAUGAUUGUAAAAGAAAAUAUACAAUUUAUUGAACGAAUUGGAGAAGGAAAAUUAGGCAAUGUUUUUAAAGCAUUUUAUCGAACAAAACGAAAUGAAUUAUUAACUGUUGCUGUUAAAAAAUUUCAUCAAGAAUUUAAUUAUAAUGAUAUAUCAAAAGAAAUAUCGAUUAUUCGAAAUACGAAACAUUCACAUAUACUUUCAUUUUUUGAUGUUGUAAUUCAUACUGAUCAAUCUAUUAUGUUUGUAAUGGAAUAUGCACAGAUGAAAUCAUUGGAUAUAUGUUUAUUAUCAAUAAAUGCAAAAUCUGAAUAUUCAAUACAAAUUUUACUUGACUAUUUAAAACAAAUAGCAUCAGCAAUGUGUUAUUUAGAAGAGAAAUUUUUAAUACAUAGAAAUGUAUCAUGUCGAAAAUUUCUUGUUUUUAAUAAAUCACUUAUUAAACUUUCCGAUUUGGGUUUGGAGCAUUUAAAUGCAUCGUGGAAAGAUAGAUUAAAAUUACCCAUAGCAUGGAUGAGUCCAGAAGUUAUACAUUUUCAUCAUUUUACAACAGCAUCAGAUGUCUUUUCAUUUGGUGUUUCAAUGUGGGAAUGUUUUAGUUAUGGAGAACUACCAUGGAAAGGAAUGUCUAAUGAUGAAAAAAUUAUAAAAACUUUCUUUUCUAUUGCUUUUCUUUUCCAGAUUAUCAAUGCAAUCGAUGCACCCAAUCAUCAGCGAUUAUCAAGGCCAUCUCAUGCUACAUCUGAACUAUAUCAAGUCAUGCUUCAAUGUUGGAAAUAUGAACCAUCUGAACGUCCAACAUUCUCUAAAUUAGAAAGACAAUUAAUCGAAAUUGAAAUAAAACAAGUACGAUGGAAAAAUAAUAAUAAUAUAUCAACAAUUCUACCUGAUGAUUUCCUUCCGAUACAAUCAUGCAUGUUAGGACCAUUGACAGUUCUCGAUCGAUGCCUUGACAUUCCCAUAUCGUCAACGUCAAUCAAUAACUUUAUUCAGUGUAUAUCGGCUGACGGUCAAAUAGGCUUUGUUUAUAAUAAUAACGUUGAACCGUUACAUGUUAUAACUAUUCCUAAACAAACAAUUAAUACGACAUCAUCAACAAUGAACCAUAUAUUUUAUCGGAAGACAGGUAUAAAGAAAAAUUCAACUAAAACAAGAUAUAAACAAAUAUCAAAAAAUAUGAUAAGUUCUCCUCAGGCAGAUUUUGUUCAUGCAUUUCAUAUUGGAAUCGAAGGUGAAACAUUUGGUGAUAUGGCUUGUUUAACUAAUGUAGAAGAUACGAAUCUAAAAAUCGAACCAAAUUUAAAAGAAUCAACUCUGAAUCUUAUGGAACAACAAUCAACUGAUGAACAAUCUUCAUCGUUAUUCGAUGAAGUUAUGCAAGCAUUUACUGAGAUCUAUUCAGAAACAGAAUCAAUGUCUCUAUCAGAAGAUAAUCUAUUAACAAGAUCAACAUCACCACAAUCACCAGUAGUAGAUAUUCAAUCAACAUCUUUCGAUAAAAAUCAAUUUUCAUUUGAUAAUAUGACAGAUCCAAAUAAUCGUUCACCUCCAUUUUCUCGUUUAUUAUCAAAAUUAACAAUAAAAAAACCAAACGAAACAUCAUGUCGAUUUACACGUGAACUUGAAGAACGUUCACGAAAUGGUGAUUUAAGUGAGCAAGGAAAACGUGCUUAUAAUUUAUUAAUCAAUCGAUGUACAAGUAAUUCCUCAUCUCAAUCAUCAACACAUGAUGAACAUUCAUCAUUUUCAUCAUCAUCUAAUCAAGAAAAAUUUGAUUAUCAUUCACAUUAUUCAUCAAUAUCAAGUUUAAAUUCUCGUUCAUCAUCAAUAAAUAAACAUGAACAAAAUUCUAUCACAGGACAACCAUUACCACCACCACCCGAUCUAUCAACAUUAGGAUCAAAAUUAACAACUGCAAAUAUGACACAUACAUUUAAUUUACCUGCAUCAUUAUUAUCAAAUAAAUAUCCAACAAAAAGUAUAUAA